AUGUUCUGUGACAAGGUGCUGUCCUUUUUGAAGAGCCUAUCGAGGCGAAAGCCACUGGAGCCUGAUGGUGAAGAGUCCAACUUCAAGCGUUGCUUAACCACACUCGACCUAGUGGCCCUUGGGGUGGGAAGUACACUUGGUGCUGGGGUCUAUGUCCUUUCUGGGGAGGUUGCCAGAACAGUAGCUGGUCCCAGCAUCAUUGUGUCAUUCUUCAUUGCAGCAGUGGCAUCUGUGUUUGCGGGCUUGUGUUAUGCAGAGUUUGGCGCCCGAGUGCCCAAGACUGGCUCUGCCUACCUGUACAGCUACGUCACUGUCGGAGAGGUGUGGGCCUUCAUCACCGGCUGGAACUUACUGUUGUCAUACAUCAUAGGUACAUCUAGUGUGGCAAGAGCAUGGAGUGGCACUUUCGAUGACUUGAUUGGAAAUAAGAUUGCCAGUUAUUUGAGUGAAAAUACACCAAUGAAUUUACCUGGCCUCGCUCCCUAUCCAGACUUCUUCGCCGCUGGCCUUAUUCUGGUUUUGGCAGGUAUCCUUGCAUUUGGGGUGAAGGAGUCUGCCAUUGUCAAUAAGAUCUUCACAGCUAUAAAUAUUGUAGUUCUGGUUUUUGUCAUCAUUGCUGGAUUCAUCAAGGGUGACAUUGGAAACUGGCAGAUAACAGAGGAGGAAAUUUGGAACUACACAAUAACUGCAAAUCUCUCAACCUCAAAUGAAACUUUAUCCAGUUUUGGAACUGGAGGAUUCUUUCCCUUUGGUUUUGAGGGAACUUUUGCUGGUGCCGCUACCUGUUUUUAUGCCUUUGUGGGAUUUGACUGCAUUGCAACCACAGGUGAGGAGGUCAAAAACCCUCAGAAGUCUAUCCCUAUAGGAAUUGUGGCUUCUCUUCUCAUCUGUUUUGUGGCUUAUUUUGGCGUUUCGGCUGCUCUCACCCUCAUGAUGCCCUACUACCAACUAAAUGUUCAGAGUCCCUUACCUGUAGCCUUCACCUAUGUGGGCUGGGAUCCUGCAAAGUAUGCUGUGGCUGUUGGAUCUUUGUGUGCUCUCUCAACAAGUCUGCUGGGGUCCAUGUUUCCUAUGCCCCGUGUGCUGUUUGCUAUGGCCAGAGAUGGACUGCUAUUCAAACCAUUGAGUAACAUGAGUUCCAGACAGAGCCCUGUCAUCGCCACACUUUCUUCUGGAAUAAUAGCAGCAAUAAUGGCCUUGGUGUUUGACCUGAAGGCUCUUGUAGACAUGAUGUCUAUUGGAACGCUCUUUGCCUACACCCUCGUAGCCAUCUGCAUCUUAAUUCUUCGGUACCAACCAGAGCCAGCUGAGAUCAGUGAGAAACCAGAAGUUCAGAAGAAAUGGAAUCCUUUUUCCCCCCCUAAAUAUGCAUCUGCUUCAAGUUCUAAAGUUGUGUCUGUGCUAACCAUCCUUACCAUUGUGUUUGCGGUUAUCCUGAGUGUGAUCAUCACAAAAGGUGUACAAGCUGGUCUGAUUGAGGAGUGGUGGAUGAUUUUGAUGAUCACUUUGGUUUCGGUGGCGUUUGUCAUGACUAUCAUUAUUAUUUGGCGACAGCCGCAGAAUGGUACCAAAGCUGCAUUUAUGGUCCCACUUCUGCCACUACUCCCAAUUUUCAGUACAUUCUUCAAUGUCUACUUAAUGAUCCAGCUGGGGGGUGAAACUUGGAUUCGCUAUGCAGUGUGGAUGGCAUUGGGCGUGCUCAUCUACUUCUCUUAUGGAGUGCACUUCAGUGUACAGAAGAAACGGAACCAGUCUUCCAAACAUCCCAUCAAUGUUGAGACAAUUGAUGUUAAAAUGGAGGACAAGAAAAAAAUGGGAUCUACUACAUCAACACUACAAACCAAGUUUUAAAGCCAACAUUAAUGUCUAGUGCCUUGUUCCUGAGACAGAGAAACUACAAUAUGAUUUU